AUGGCCGUUGCCUUAGUGGGUGAAGACCACGUUGCUGCGCUGAGCGCCGCCAAGGACGGACUCGCCAAGUACAACGAAGCGCUCGACAAGCUCGUGCCCUGGAGCGAGUUCGACGCGACGCUCGACAUUAUGAGCCGAUACCAGCAAGACUUCUCGGCCGAGGCAGGGGUGCUCGUCGGGUCAAUCAAGACCCACAUGCUCAACAGCCGUCGCGAAUACCACAACGCGACUCGGUCCGUGUUCGAGUGGUGCGCCCUCGUCGUGCCGCUGCUCAAGGGCUACCUCCGCAUCGUCCAGACAAGCACCAACACCGCGGAUGCUGAGAAGAAGAUCCUCUCCAAGGUCUUCACGGACGGCAUCGCCAAGAUGGGAAAAGCCGUCGAGCAACUCGACGAGUGCGACUCACUUCUCAGCAAGGCCGUCGGCCAGCUUGUCACGCUCCAGGUGCAGCUCGAAAACGACUUCAGCCAGCAAAACAAUACUUCAAGACCAAGCGUCGCCACGGGUCCUGUCGGCAUGGCGAUUGCAGUCACGGGCGCGGCCUUGACAGAGGCGAUGGUCAUCAAGAAGCUCAAGGAGCAUUUCAACGAUAUCCGCACCGGGUUCAAGAUCAUGAACGGGCGGUGCCAGACCAUGUCCAGUGGCAUCUCAACCGCCACCAAGGCCCUCGAAGACGACAAGGACAUGAUCAGCAAGCUCUCCGCCAAGGUCACCGAGUCCCAAGUGUGGGUCUCCAUCGAAGGCAUCAUCAUGGAAGAGCUCACGACGGCCGCGCAAGAGCUGCACGACCUUUGCGAAGCGUACAAGGCCCGUCACGGCAAAUAA